ACGAUGACGUGUGAUCGUUACGUAGACAGCAGGAACUCAGUCAGGAUUCAGGAAUGGCGACGCUGUUGCAGCCGGAGAAAGUGCUUUAUCUCGUCCGAGGCGAGAAAAAGAUUCGCGUUCCGCUCUCUCAGCUGUAUUUUUGCAGAUAUUGCAGUGAGCUGCGAUCUUUGGAAUGCGUGUCACAUGAAGUCGAUUCUCAUUUCUGUCCCAGCUGUCUGGAGAACAUGCCGUCAGCUGAGGCCAAGCUCAAGAAGAAUAGGUGUGCCAAUUGCUUUGACUGUCCAUGCUGUAUGCACACCCUCUCCACACGGGCCACCAACAUCCCGGCACCACUGCCUGAUGACCCAACCAAAACCACAAUGAAGAAGGCCUACUACCUGGCCUGUGGAUUUUGUCGCUGGACCUCAAGAGAUGUAGGCAUGGCUGACAAAUCUGUGGCCAGUGGAGGAUGGCAGGAGCCUGAAAACCCUCAUACUCAGAGGAUCAACAAGCUGAUUGAGUAUUACCAGCAGCUGGCCCAGAGAGAGAAGCUGGAGAGAGACAGGAAGAAGCUGGCACGAAGACGGCCGUUCAUGCCUCAGGCGUUCUCGCAACACACAAUUCACGUGGUGGAGAAGUAUGGACUGGGAACCAGACUACAGAGACAGAGAUCUGGAGCCCCAAUCAGUGCCCUGUAUGGCCUUUCAUUAAAAGAAGGAGAAGACCAGAAGGAGAUCACUAUAGAGCCAGCACAGGCUUUGGAUGAAGUGGAACCCCUGCCUGAAGAUUAUUACACUCGCCCUGUCAACCUUCCUGAAGUAACGAGUCUUCGCCAGAGGCUGCUACAGCCUGAUUUUCAGCCUGCAGGAGCUUCACAGCUGCACCCCCGACACAAGCACCUUCUGAUGAAACGCUCUCUGCGUUGCAGGAAAUGUGAGCACAAUCUGAGCAAACCAGAAUUUAAUCCAACCUCAAUAAAGUUCAAAAUCCAGCUUGUGGCUGUGAGCUACAUUCCUGAAGUGAGAAUCAUGUCCAUUCCAAACCUGCGUCAUAUGAAGGAGAGUCAGGUUCUGCUGACCCUGACCAACCCAGUGGAGAACAUCACUCACGUGUCUCUGUACACCUGUGAAGAGGAAGACCCAGAUGACAUUAACAGCACUGCUAAGGUGCUGGUGCCCUCAAAGGAACUGGUCCUGGCAGGGAAAGAUGCCGCUGCUGAAUAUGAUGAACUGGCUGAACCUCAGGGUUUUCAGGAUGACCCAGAUGUAGUGGCCUUUAGAAAGUCAAACAAGAUUGGCUUCUUCAUCAAAGUGAUUCCGCAGAGGGAGGAGGGUGAUGUCACCGUCGCUUUCAAACUGCGACAUGACUUCCGGAACCUCGCUGCUCCGAUCAGACCCACCGAGGAGGGAGAAGCCACCAGUGAGGCCAUCUGGCUCAUACAUCAUGUGGAGCUUAGCUUGGGCCCCCUGGCAACCUGAGAACAUAACACACAUGAGC